AUGGCUGUGCUCUCUGCUGAGGUCCUGCGCUGGCAUGUGAGUUUCUACACCUCUUUUCUCUUGCUCUCGCACUCACUUUCUUUUAUCCUCCUCUUCUCUUUCUUUUUGCAUGCUUUGGAAUGUUUGUGUGGGCCAUUCAUAGGAAACUUGAAUGUUAUUAGCUAAAGUUAUACAGAUGUUAUCUGAAUGAGUAGCCUCCUGGUUGUUUUGCUACUUGUAGAGCAUUGUUGAAAUAUUUGCAUGUAUUAUACGUCUGUUUACUGUCAUCACUAAAUACUAAUUUUACUUAGAGAUGAUUAGGGCCAGCAGCAUACCACCCUGCAUCCCGCUGCUGGCUUUCCUCUGAAGCUAAGUAGGGUUGGUCCUGGAUGGGAGACCAGAUGCAGCUGGAAGUGGUGUUCGAGGGCCCCAGGGCAGUGAUUGUGGACAUUGCCCUGUGUAGGGUGUCGUCUUUCAGAUGGGAUGUUAACGGGUGUCCUGACUCUCUGUGGUCACUAAAGAUCCCAUGGCACUUAUCGUAAGAGUAGGUGUGUUAACCCCGGUGUCAUGGCUAAAUUCCCAAUCUGGCCCUCAUGGCCACCUAAUCAUCCCCAGCUUCCAAUUGGCUCAUUCAUUCCUCCUCUCCCAUGUAACUAUUCCCCAGGUCGUUGCUGUAAAUGAGAAUGUGUUCUCAGUCAAUUUACCUGGUAAAAUAAGGGUAAAAAAAAAAAAAGUUGUGUGAUUGAGAUGUUUAUUUUGCCAGAGUGUGGAACUUUGUUUGGUGUUUUCCGAGUCUCUGCGUUUUGUGGUUAGUAGUGAGAGAGUUGGCUCUGUUAGUGUGUGUGUGUGUGUGUGUGUGUGUGUGUGUUUGAGUGUGUGUGUGUGUAUGUGUGUGUGUGAAUGUGUAUGUGAUUGUGUGUGUGUGUGUGUGAAUGUGUGUGUGUGUGUGUGUGUGUGUGUGAAUGUGUGUGUGAGUGUGUGUGUUAUGGAAUGUCCUGGGGCUAUACGGUGUGUGUUAGACACACUUCCUGACACUGAGACAAGAUAGAGCUGUAGAUACCACAGAACAUGACAUGACUUGGAGCCUGAAGACAGCAAUGUUUAGAAACUCUGGCAAUACAUUUGUGUCAAAAAGCCAAAAACUGCUUUUAAGCAUAAACCUGUGUGUCAGUGAAUUGAGUUAUGAUUUUGGGAAAAUUAAAUGUACUUAGAGAUAUAUUAGUGUGAUAAGAACUUGCAUGACAUUGCAUCUAUACUGAAGCAAUAAUAGUCUACAAUUGUAUGUCAUAGAUGUCAUAGAUGAAUGAUGAUAGGGCAAAAAUCAUUCAGCUAUAGUAACGAUUAUAAUAUAAUCAUAUAUUACAACAUGAACCCUAUAAGUUCAUUAUGUUCAUGAAGUGAAAUCCUUCAUUACUGUAGUCCCACCCUUUGGACAACCAUGCAUGAAUUAAAGAUCAUGUGAAAUGACAGAGUUGAUAUUCUCUGUUGAGCUGACUGAUCAGACAUGAAAGCCCAGUCCUAUGCAGACCCAGUCUGAGGGUCAGAGUACAGAUAAUGAUGGAGGCUGCUGCUGCUGACAUUCCUGCUUUGAAAUUGCUACCUGAGGAAAUAGCCACUGGCAUGUUGAACCAACCCAGGGAGAAAUACAGAGAAUGAGAAUAUCUCUCACCACAAACCUACUGCCCUGAAAUAGCAAUCUAACUAAGGGGUGGUGCCUCUUAUUUGCCCAGACAAAACAUUGUAUUUCUGAAGAGUAUGCAGGUUUACUGUGACAAUGGUAACUAUUCAAAUCUGUCAUAAGUUGUAGUGAUUCUAUGAAAUGCUAGCACGUGCAUGUAAUGAGGACAAUGCGUUCUCUCUCUGCUCUCUGUAGGUCCGUAUCGAGGAGCUGGAGGAGGAACUGGAGACAGAGAGAGCCAUGAGAGCCAAGGUACAGUACAUCUGUCACUGGUCCAGUACUGUAACCACUACAUUAUCACCUAACUCUAUGACACCUAUGGCAUCCAUAACUCACUGGAGUUGGGCUGUAAUUAGUGUUAUAGGGCUAUGAGCUAGAGUUAGCGUUAUGUUUGGAGGUGCUGUGGCCAGUAUUGUGGUCUACUGUGGUCAGUGCAAGGCAUGUCCUGAACUGUCAGAGUGAAUGUUUGUGGUGUUGGGCUGAAUCCCAGAGCUUGCUGAGGGAGAGAUGAGAUGAGUCCUGUAUCACAUAUCAGUCAGACAUAAGAGCAGUCCAAGGUGCUGUGGGAUGAGAUGAGCUUUGCUCGGCUGUAAUACUCUGUGAGACGUGGUGCAGCUAAGAGCUGACAUAGGAAUGAAACCUUGGAAGGGAAGUCAAGGAGAGAGAAGGUAAAGGAGGAAUACUGUGGAAGGGAUGUUAGGUUUGUAGAAUGAAAUAGAGAAUCAGUAAGGUGGGAUGUUGAUUUCAGACAGGAAGGGUUCACUUGGAGUAGGGAAGUGGGAUGUAGGGAAAUGGGAGUGAGUGGGUUUGGGGGACCUGGUGUUUGGCAUGCUGGUGGGGUAAAGAGGUCUGUCCCGUGCCUCUGGUGGUUACCCCAAAUCAGCUGCACCUGUGAUAAUAAAUGAGAGGAAAGCCCUGGUGUUUCUGGUUAACUUACAGAGCAACCCCAGAGGCAGACAGAGCCCCUACAUCCGACCAUUUCACACACGCAUGCAAACACAAACGCACAUGCGCUUCUUAUGUGAAACGAGACUUGAGUUUUGUGUAUUAGAGAGACAGACCCUGCUGUGAUUCCACUGUAGCAAUAAGUAGGCCAGAGAUGGAAAGAUUCAUAUUUCAUCCUCAGGUGGUGAAUGGAGUGACAUCCAGUCCCUUUAGGCUGUUUGCACACUUCUUCCCUAGCUCUGGGUGGUACACACACACACACACACACUCACACACACACACACACACACACACACACACACACACACACACACACACACACACACACACACACACACACACACACACACACACACACUGGGUGGUAUCCCUACCUAGUAGCCCUGGGCUCUCCCUGCCUCCUAUUAAACCCAGCAGAGUGUGAGAGACAGAGACAGGCAGAGACAUGUAGAGCUUUAUCUGCAGGGUCUUCUCAGUGUCUCUAACACACAUACCAGCGCUGCAGACAGGCUGUCCAUUGUUUGGCUCAGCUCAGGUAGGGAGAGAUGAGGAGAUAGUACCAGGAGAUAGUGACGGCACUGUUUCCCAUGGGAUCUUCUCCCCAGUGGAAUGUCGGACACACACACACACAAAUGCUCACACACAAACUCCCUGACACUCUCAUGCAAACAAGAGAUGUCUGCCUUUCCACAUGGACUAAGACAAAGCUGACCUUCCUUUAGCCUCUUUAGUUUACAACAGAAAGGGAACGGUUGUGAAGUGUGUUGAGCUGAAGUAGCUGUUGACACUGGAGUGGACGAGAGUGAUGACAGAAACAGGUCAGAGGUCAGAGUGCAUGGGGGAGACAGAGAUAGGGAGCUAUAGGGGUAGAGUGGGGAGGGUAGAGUGGGGAGGGGUGAGUGCACGGGAAACUGAAAGAUGAGAUCCCUCUGCUUGGUUGGAGCUGAAAUGAGAUUAGUCUGUUUUCACUUUGAGAGCUGAUGAACCAUGUCAAGAGGAAGACCAUACAGAAAAGACAUAGAUAAUGUAGAAUAUCAGGUAGUGUUGCCUACAAUACCCUACCACCCUUACCAGUGGACUGAAGCUUUAACCUUUUGCUGCAGUGGGCUAAAUCAGAGUGUUUCUUGGUAGUCUUAAACAAAUCUACUUGGAAACAAAAGUGUACACCUCACACAAAUGGUUAUGGGCUUAGAAAAAAGAAGACACCUGUACCAUGUCAGAUAUAGUUUGCGUCCCAUUAUUGCACUUUAUAUACAUCACAGAAGACUGAAAUAUAACAAAACUGUUUGACAUAGAAACACCCGAUUUUCGACAUUUAAAAAAUAAUAAUGUUUAGUAAUUAUACAAUUAUGAAAAACAUUAAGAACAUUCUACCCAUGAGGCCACUGUCACAGCGACGUGUAUGCGGUAGGCGAAGUCAAGAGCAGGAAACUGAGCUACUGGCAGAAACUUUACUGGAUGCAGUGCAAAAUACAAAGUACACAGGCAACCUCAAACAGCGAGGAAAUAAUAAGACCCGCACACAUGGGUAACUUCCGCAAAGACCAAAACAAUUACGUACAAUACACAAUGAGAAACAGAGGGUUAUAAAGGGAACACAAUAAAACAUAAUGGGAAACAGGUGUAAACAAUAAAGACCAAACAAGACAAACACCGAAACAUCGAUCGGCAGCAGCUAGUACUCCGGGGACGACGAACGCCGAAGCCUGCCCGAGCAAGGAGGAGGAGCAGCCUCGGCUGAAUCCGUGACAGUACCCCCCCUCGACGCGCGGCUCCAGCUACUACCGGCCUGAGGAGAGACACAUGGAACGAGGGGUUAAUGCGGUAAUUAAUGGGCAGUUGUAACCUAUAACAUACCUCGUUCAAUCUCCUCAGGACUUUAAAUGGCCCCACAAACCGCCGACCCAGCUUCCGGCAGGGCAGGCGAAGGGGCAGGUUUCGGGUCGAGAGCCAGACCCGAUCUCCCGGUGCAUACACCGGAGCCUCACUGCGGUGGCGAUCGGCGCUCGCCUUUUGCCGCCUGAUCGCUCGCUGUAGAUGGACAUGCGCAGCGUUCAAGGUUUCCUCCGAGCGCCGAAACCACUCGUCCACCGCAGGGGCUUCGAUCUGGCUCUGAUGCCAAGGUGCCAGGACCAGCUGAUAACCUAGCACACACUGAAAAGGCGUAAGGUUAGUUGAGGAGUGGCAAAGUGAGUUUUGGGCUAUUUCUGCCCAGGGGAUAUAUUCCGACCACUCCCCCUGCCGGUCCUGGCAAUAGGACCUCAGAAACCUACCCACAUCCUGGUUCACUCUCUCCACCUGCCCAUUACUCUCGGGGUGAAACCCUGAGGUAAGGCUAAUCGAGACCCCCAGAUGUUCCAUAAACGCCCUCCUGACUCUAGAGGUGAACAGGGGACCCCGAUCAGACACUAUAUCCUCAGGUACCCCGUAGUGCCGGAAGACGUGUGUAAACAGGGCGUCAGCAGUUUGUAGGGCUGUAGGGAGAACUGGCAUAGGAAUGAGACGGUAAGCCUUUGAAAACCGAUCCACAACGACCAAGAUCGUCGUAUUCCCCUGGGAGGGGGGAAGGUCCGUGACGAAAUCCACCGAGAGGUGAGACCACGGUCAUUGUGGAACGGGUAGGGGUUGUAAUUUCCCUCUGGGUAGGUGUGUAGGCGCCUUACACUGAGCGCACAUCGAGCAGGAGGAAACAUAAACCCUCACGUCCUUAGCCAAAGUGGGCCACCAGUACUUUCCACUAAGGCAGUGCACUGUCCGUCCAAUACCAGGAUGGCCAGUGGAAGGUGACAUGUGAGCCCAAUAUAUUAAUCGAUCACGAACCUCGAGCGGCACGCACUUCCGACCCUCUGGACACUGUGGGGGAGUAGGAUCGGUACGUAACGCCCGCUCGAUGUCCGCAUCACCUCCCAUACCACCGGUGCCACCAGACAAGACUCCGGAAGUAUGGGAGUAGGCUUAAUGGACCUCUCCUCUGUGUCAUAUAGUCGGGACAGGGAGUCUGCCUUAGCGUUCUGUGACCCUAGUCUAUAGGUGAGCGUAAAUACAAAUCGGGUGAAAAACAUAGCCCACCUAGCCUGGCGAGGGUUCAGCCUCCUCGCCGCCCGGAUGUACUCCAGGUUACGAUGGUCAGUCAAAAUGAGAAAAGGGUGUUUAGCCCCCUUAAGCCAAUGCCUCCACACCUUCAGGGCUUGCACCACAGCUAACAGCUCCCUGUCCCCCACAUCAUAAUUGCGCUCCGCCGGACUGAGCUUCUUAGAAAAGAAAGCACAGGGGCGGAGUUUAGGUGGCGUACCCGAGCGCUGAGACAGUACAGCACCGAUCCCAGCCUCGGACGCAUCCACCUCAACUUCGAACGCCUAAGAGGGAUCUGGAUGUGCCAGCACCGGAGCCGAGGUAAACAGGUCCUUCAGAUGCCUAAAAGCCCUGUCCGCCUCAGCUGACCACUGCAGACUCACCUGACCCCCCUUUAGCAGGGAGGUAAUGGGAGCUGCUACCUGCCCAAAGCCCCGGAUAAACCUCCGGUAGUAAUUGGCAAAACACAAGAACCGCUGCACCUCUUUCACCGUGGAGGGAGUCGGCCAAUUGCGCACGGCUGAAACACGGUCAAUCUCCAUCUCCACCCCUGACGCGGACAACCGGUGUCCCAGGAAGGAGAUGGACUCCUGGAAGAACAGACAUUUCUCUGCCUUUGCAUACAGGUCAUGCUCCAACAGUCUACCAAGCACCCGACGAACCAGGGACACAUGCUCUGCGCGGGUAGCGGAGUAUAUUAGAAUGUCAUCAAUAUACACCACUACACCCUGUCCAUGUAAGUCCUGGAGAAUCUCAUCCACAAACGAUUGGAAGACUGAAGGAGCAUUCAUUAACCCGUAUGGCAUGACGAGGUACUCAUAGUGACCCUAGGUGGUACUGAAUGCUGUCUUCCACUCAUCUCCCUCCCUAAUGCGCACCAGGUUGUACGCGCUCCUGAGAUCCAAUUUUGUGAAGAAUCGCGCCCCGUGUAAUGACUCCGUCAUACUAGCAAUCAGAGGGAGAGGAUAGCUAUAUUUGAUGGUGAUCUGAUUGAGACCACGGUAGUCAAUACACGGGCGUAAACCCCCAUCUUUCUUCUUCACAAAAAAGAACUAGAGGACGCAGGGGAAGUGGACAGCCGUAUGUAUCCCUGUCAGGAGAUGAGGGCGUACACGCUCUCGUAUCCCGAGGGCACCGGGUGGAUGGUUGCCAGGUAGAGUUCCACCUGGAGCAGGAAACCCUGACACCCGGCAGCUGUGCCAUCAUAAGCCCUCGGGAGCGAGAGCCGAAUCCCACUGGACCCCGGAGAUGAAGCGAUGGGCAUAGCUGAUGGUGAUGGUAUCGUCGGAGGAGGUGUAGACCAACUUCUUCUUUCCCAUCGCUCCACGGUUUUCACCACCUGUUCCAUGGCGGUGCCGAGAGCCUGGAUCAUAGCCGCUUGUUGUUCUACGCGCUCUUCUAUUGAUCCAGCUGGCACCGCCGCUCCUGCUGACUCCAUGUCUAAAGGUGCGUAAUUCUGUCACAGCGACGUGUAUGCGGUAGGCGAAGUCAAGAGCAGGACACCGAGCUACUGGCAGAAACUUUACUGGAUGCAGUGCAAAAUGCAAAGUACACAGGCAACCUCAAACAGCGAGGAAAUAAUAAGACCCGCACACAUGGGCAACUGCCGCAAAGACCAAAACAAUUACGCACAAUAGACAAUGAGAAACAGAGGGUUAUAAAGGGAACACAAUAAAACAUAAUGGGAAACAGGUGUAAACAAUAAAGACCAAACAAGACAAACACCGAAACAUCGAUCGGCAGCAGCUAGUACUCCGGGGACGACGAACGGCGAAGCCUGCCCGAGCAAGGAGGAGGAGCAGCCUCGGCUGAAUCCGUGACAGCCACUAGGUCAUUUGACUGCAGGAAAGGGCUACAGACCCCUCUCAACAUUUACAACAGAUUUAAAACAGCAGUAUGAGAUCAACAUAAAAACAACAACUGCGUUCAACUGGAACUACUAAAGCUUUGAUUGUUUGUGCGUUUAACGAACAUAUGUUUCAGGGUACUAUAACUGCCACAUGUGUUGCCUUGUUUUAUAAUGGAAAUGUAUCAAGUUUUAGAUAAAUAUCGCCCAAGCCUGUCAUUACCCAUUUGAUUGUGAUUGGCCUUUGAAGAUCAUAUUUAUGGAGAUGAUGAAUAGUCUGGUCUAGUACAACAUAGAUUUCAUAUAGACAUCAUUUACACAUAAAAUACUCACAUGCUGGCCUUCUCUACCUGGACACAUAGAGAUGGGAGUAGCUACUGUAUAUGUCCAAGAAACAGGAGUCGCUCAAUAUUUGGACUUUACAACAGGAAGCUCCUCCCUGCUGUGCUCUGAUUGGACACGUGCUCUGAUCCUGACCUCUGAACCCUGUGUAGGUCACUACCUGUUGGUGUCUUUCAAUCACAGAAAUCCACAGGAUGUGGGAUCAUUUUGGUGGGGCCAGAUCGAUUGCUUACCAAUAUCUUUACAGUGUUUCCAGCAUAUUUAAUUGAUAAAACUGAAGCUAUCAAUGUUUUGUCACCUUAGAGCCCCCUGCUGUGCUAUAGAUUCUCUCAGGCUGUUAAAUAGAUGACAACAGCUGGUUUAAACAAGGAGGAUAUAACCCACUGACAAGAAUCUCGCUUUGCUGAUGUCACUGUUUGUGGAGAGGAUACUGUUAAAUUGGGAUAAACUGAGCAGGAUCGGUUUCUGAUACAAUUGCACCCAGAAACAAAUCUUGCAUGAGCACUGGCCUCUGGCCAGCUCACUUGUAAUUGUUAAGUCUAUUAUGAGAGACUACAAAUAACUUUAUGUUGUAGGUGGAGAAGCAGAGAGCUGAUCUGACCAGAGAACUGGAUGACCUCACUGACCGACUGGAGGAGGCAGGGGGAGCCACAGCUUCACAGGUACACAUGCAGACAAACACACUCUAGCAUGUAACCCUGAGAUGUAUUGUCAUUUGCACUUCACAUCACUCCAUUUUCCAGUAAUAGGGAGGAAUGUAACAGUCACAGCCAUUCUAAAUGGGAUGACUAGGGUCUGUCUCUCGUCUCAUCUCUUAUCUUCUCUUCCACCUCCCUCUCUCCCUCCAUUACUCCCCUCAGAUUGAAGUAAAUAAAAAGCGGGAGACGGAGCUCCAACGUCUGAGGCGGGACUUGGAGGAGUCUUCUAUCCAAUCAGAGGCCCUGGCUGCGUCUCUAAGGAAGCGUCAUGGUGAUGCGAUGGCGGAGCUGGGAGAGCAGUGUGAGGGUCUACAGAGGACCAGGGCCAAGCUGGACAAGGAGAAACAGAACCUACGCAUGGAGGUGGAGGAUCUUGCUGCCUCACUGGACACCCUGCAGAAAGCCAAGGUUAGUCAGAUCUCGGAUGGGAAGGCUGUCACUGAGAGUUAUCACAAUGACCCACAUCAAGCUUUUGGAGGUGUCUUGUAAAGCCUCAAGACACCUUUACAGGUCUCAAUCUUUAUUCACACAAAAGAAAAUCAGCCAUGAACUGCCAGUGAGUGCCUAUGUAAUAUGGCCAAAGUGCCUAUAAAUGCCAUGUUUUCAUCUUACCCCCAGGUGUCUACAGACAGCCAGAUGAGGAAGCUGGAGGAGCAGCUCUUUGAGGCCCACAGCAGAGGAGACGACCUGCAGAAAGCCCUGACUGAGGUCAACGUAGCCAGGAACAGACUCACAGGUACAAGUGCAAACACACAACCACACACACAGCCAAGGAGGCGACCUAGUGAACGCUCAAAGCCUUUGGCGUGUCUCCAAUGUAUAGUUAACCGGGUUUACCCCUUUACUUGGCUUAAAGCGCAGAGUACAAACACUCACACAAACAGAUUUAACAGAGUUAGUCAGCACUAGAACUAUACACACAGAUCGAACAGGGCUGUGGAGCAACAAAGAUCUUAUGACACAGCCUUGAGUUCAGACCAACUGGCCUACCACCAGCCAAACUCAAUUCAGCCCAGUCCAGUGCUGAGCAAUGGGAAACAGACACAGAAAUGACUAUGACACGCUAAAAGAAACUAUAUCAUUUACAGCUUAUCCACUGGACACUGCUGCUCAGGGUUGGCAGUGGAACACUAUUGGCCUCAGAUGGCCUUGAAUGCGGCAGGGAAAGUAUCAUAUAAAGUGCUGUCAUGAACCCUCUGCGAAUUCCAUGAGGAGUCCUCUCUCUGUGUCUUUGCUCUGUGUAUAAAAAAUAUUUUUAAAAUAUAUUUACGAGUUUAUAUCAGUUCACUGUAUGGUAAAAGUGCUGAAUCGGGUACAAACCCAGUCGGUCACAUCAGUAUUAACCAAGUUGGUGUCUCUGUCCCCUGUAUGUCCUGGUAAUUGAUAACACACCUGGGCCUAGAUUCAAUCAGAUCAAGCGUUAACCCGCGAUAGCAGACACCCUCAAAGCUGGUAUUUUGGUGGUGUCUGAGCUGUCAAAUCGGUGAGAGGCUGCUUGUGUGGUCAUUGUCACGAAGCCACACCCGUCCCACUCACGUUAGAAGUUCAGAACAGGAAAGUGUAGGCUAUAUAGAAAUAAUGACACUCAAAUUGAAAAUCAUUCAAGAAAAUCAUGAGGAUUUCUAUUAGUCUAAUUGAGGUGUAGAUUACUCCUCACAUUCCAGUGUUCCAACUUGUAUGGAAGGCUGCAUGGGAUUUCUCUUAAUGCGAUUCCAUGCAGCCAAUGGAAAUGUCUGCUUUAGGUAUAAUGCCGGGAGCCGCUUGUGGAUUUGACUGCACUUGCGCAGUUCCACCUCCGACACUGCCAAAAAAAACCGCUAUGCGGGUGUUGACUGGCACGGAUCUGAUAGAAUCUAGCCCCUGGUUGUGUCUCUAACUUGUCUUCACUCUGUGUGAUGUUAGCUGAAAACACAGACCUGGCCAGACAGUUGGAGGAGGCAGAGAGCAGAGCCAGCCAGGUCAGCCGCUCCAAGACCCUGAUUCUGACCCAACAUGAAGACAUCAAGAAACAGAUGGACGAGGAGCUCAAGGUAGGACCAGGCAGUGGUGUGUGUGUGUGGGGAGGAGUGCUGAUUGUGUGUUUGGAGGAGUGUAUUUAGUACCCCUGAUUAUGAGGAGAGUGUUUUCAGUUGUAUCAAUAACUGAUAAGAAUUUAGGAAUCCAAGCAUCGGAAUGACCUCAUAUCCCAAAUAUGUGUCCUCCCUACGCACAAUGUUUCAUUAUGGAUCUUUAUAGCUUUCAGAUGUCUGUGACAGUAUGUAUGUACAGUGGGGGAAAAAAGUAUUUAGUCAGCCACCAAUUGUGCAAGUUCUCCCACUUAAAAAGAUGAGAGAGGCCUGUAAUUUUCAUCAUAGGUACACGUCAACUAUGACAGACAAAAUGAGGAAAGAAAAUCCAGAAAAUCACAUUGUAGGAUUUUUAAUGAAUUUAUUUGCAAAUUAUGGUGGGAAAUAAGUAUUUGGUCAAUAACAAAAGUUACUAAAUACUUUGUUAUAUACCCUUUGUUGGCAAUGACACAGGUCAAACGUUUUCACACACUGUUGCUGGUAUUUUGGCCCAUUCCUCCAUGCAGAUCUCCUCUAGAGCAGUGAUGUUUUGGGGCUGUCGCUGGGCAACACAGACUUUCAACUCCCUCCAAAGAUUUUCUAUGGGGUUGAGAUCUGGAGACUGGCUACGCCACUCCAGGACCUUGAAAUGCUUCUUACGAAGCCACUCCUUCGUUGCCCGGGCGGUGUGUUUGGGAUCAUUGUCAUGCUGAAAGACCCAGCCACGUUUCAUCUUCAAUGUCCUUGCUGAUGGAAGGAGGUUUUCACUCAAAAUCUCACGAUACAUGGCCCCAUUCAUUCUUUCCUUUACACGGAUCAGUCGUCCUGGUCCCUUUGCAGAAAAACAGCCCCAAAGCAUGAUGUUUCCACCCCCAUGCUUCACAGUAGGUAUGGUGUUCUUUGGAUGCAACUCAGCAUUCUUUGUCCUCCAAACACGACGAGUUGAGUUUUUACCAAAAAGUUAUAUUUUGGUUUCAUCUGACCAUAUGAAAUUCUCCCAAUCCUCUUCUGGAUCAUCCAAAUGCACUCUAGCAAUCUUCAGACGGGCCUGGACAUGUACUGGCUUAAGCAGGGGGACAUGUCUGGCACUGCAGGAUUUGAGUCCCUGGCGGCGUAGUGUGUUACUGAUGGUAGGCUUUGUUACUUUGGUCCCAGCUCUCUGCAGGUCAUUCACUAGGUCCCCCCGUGUGGUUCUGGGAUUUUUGCUCACCGUUCUUGUGAUCAUUUUGACCCCACGGGGUGAGAUCUUGCGUGGAGCCCCAGAUCGAGGGAGAUUAUCAGUGGUCUUGUAUGUCUUCCAAUUCCUAAUAAUUGCUCCCACAGUUGAUUUCUUCAAACCAAGCUGCUUACCUAUUGCAGAUUCAGUCUUCCCAGCCUGGAGCAGGUCUACAAUUUUGUUUCUGGUGUCCUUUGACAGCUCUUUGGUCUUGGCCAUAGUGGAGUUUGGAGUGUGACUGUUUGAGGUUGUGGACAGGUGUCUUUUAUACUGAUAACAAGUUCAAACAGGUGCCAUUAAUACAGGUAACGAGUGGAGGACAGAGGAGCCUUUUUAAGAAGAAGUUACAGGUCUGUGAGAGCCAGAAAUCUUGCUUGUUUGUAGGUGACCAAAUACUUAUUUUCCACCAUAAUUUGCAAAUAAAUUCAUUAAAAAUCCUACAAUGUGAUUUUCUGGAAAAAAAAUCUCAAUUUGUCUGUCAUAGUUGACGUGUACCUAUGAUGAAAAUUACAGGCCUCUCUCAUCUUUUUAAGUGGGAGAACUUGCACAAUUGGUGGCUGACUAAAUACUUUUUUUCCCCACUGUAUCUCUCCCCCAUUCUAAGCUGGUCCUGGGCAGCAGUCUGGCAGCGCAGCAUCAGGAGUGUGUUACAGUGUAUGUGACAGUGUGUGUGACAGUGUGUGUCUAUUUCCCUGCCCCCAGUCUAAACUGGCCCUGGGCAGCAGUCUGGCAGGGCUGCGUCAGGAGUGUGAGGUGUUGAAGGAACAGCUGGAGGAGGAGCAGGAGAGCAAGCUGGAGCUGCAGCGCCUCGUCUCCAAACUCAACACCGAGGUCACACAUUGGAGGACCAGACAUGAGGCGGACGCCAUACAGCACUUGGACGAACUGGAGGAGACCAAGUAAGAGACAUACUAGUAUACAGAACACACACACACAAACACAGCUGAGCUAGAAGACAAGAAGUAAGAGAUGUAUAGACAUGGAUCCAAAAGUUAAACCUAAAAUAUUGCCUACUUCUUACUAAAACAACAUACUGUGUGCUAAUCGUACAACAUAUUAUUUAGAACGUAUUGCUAAGUAAAAAUGUAUGCAGUCAGCAACAAAAAAAUGCUAGGCUCACCAAUACUGAGAAUGCGUAAUGUCUCCCGCCAUUCGUUCAUUUUCCUACAGCCUAUCCCCUGAUUAUCAAGCGUUAUCAAACACACAUGGGUCUGAAAAGCUGAUUCUCUUCUUCAAUAGAACGCAGCGAAUUGUACUAGAUGUCAAAAUUAGUAUGACAUCCUGGCAUCUAAAGCAUACUUUCUAAAUUUCACAUACUAUAAGUAUGUACAGGUAUUGGGACACACUCUCACACACCUUCAUAUCCAGACAUUUGUGUGUGUUCCAGGAAGAAGCUGGUGUCUCGGCUCCAGGAGGCUGAGGAGGCGGUGGAGGCCACCCAGGCUAAGUGCUCCUCUCUGGAGAAGACCAAGCAGAGGCUACAGGGAGAGGUGGAGGAGCUCUGUAUAGACCUGGAGAAGGUAGGAGGAUACUUUGGGAAAAUAUCAUUCUUUCAGACAUUAAAACAUGGCAGAGGAGCUGAAUUACCUACUUUAUCAAUGUAAUCAAUUAAUAACUGGUCAUAACUGAUAAUGGUAGCUGGCGGGUGAUAAUGACCAAUCUCUCUACCUUAAUUGUUCUCCCUUCCAGGCUAGUAGCUGUGGCCAGGUGCUGGAUAAGAAACAGCGUAUCGUGGAGAAGCAGCUGGGUGACUGGAGGCAGAAGUGUGAGGAGCUGGUGGUGGAGGUGGAGGGUUGUCAGAAGGAGAGCAGACAGCACGCCACAGAGCUCUUCAAACUGAAGACGGCCCAUGAAGAGGCUCUGGAGCAGGGAGAUGCCCUACGCAGAGAGAACAAGGCUUACCAGGGUGAGGGUUAACAUAGGGUUAAAUAACACAGUAGAAGGCCCUAGAAUAAGGCCAGGGUUAGGUGAUUGAUUGAAGAUGUACUGUAGGUAGGUGGUGAAAAGCAGAAAGUCCGGGUAGCUGUUUAAUUAACUGUUCAGCAGCCUUAUGGCUUUGGGGUAGGAGCUUUUCAGGAGGCUUUUGGUCCCAGACUUGAAGCUCCGUUACCCCUUGCCGUGCGGUAGCAGAGAGAACAGACUGUGACUUGGGUGGCUGGAGUCUUUGACAAUUUUUAGGGCUUUCUCUGAUACCGCCUGGUAUAGAGGUCCUGGAUGACAGGGAGCUCGGCCCCAGUGAUGUACUGGGCCGUACGCACUACUAUCUGUAGCGGCUUGCGGUCAGAUGCCGAGCAGUUGUCAUACCAAGCAGUGAUGCAGCCAGACAAGAUGCUCUCAAUGGUGCAGCUGUAGAACUUUUGAGGAUCUGAGGGCCCAUGCCAAAUCUUUUCAGCCUCCUGAGGGGGAAGGGGCGUUGUCGUGCCCUCUUCACGACUGUGUUGAUGUGUUUGGACCAUGAUAGGUCCUUAGUGAUGUGGACAGCAAGGAACUUGAAGCUCUCGACCGUCUCCACUACAACCCCUUCGAUGUGAAUGGGGGCGUGCUCGGCCCUCCAUUUCCUGUAGUCCACGAUCAGCUCCUUUGUCUUGCUGACAUUGAGGGAGAGGUUGUUGUCCUGGCACCACACUGCCAGGUCUCUGAACUCCUCCCUGUAUGCUGUCUUCUUGUCGUUGAUGAUCAGGCCUACCAUCGUCGUGUUGUCAGCAAACUUAAUGAUGGUGUUGGAGUUGUGUGCGGCCACGCAGUCAUGGGUGAACAGGGAGUACAGGAGGGAAUUAAGCACGCAACACUAAAGGGGAACCCGUGUUGAGGGUCAGCGUGGCAGAUGUUGCCUACCCUCACCACCUGGGGGCGGCCCGUCAGAAAGUCAAGAAUCCAAUUGCAGAGGGAGUUGUUUAAUCCCAGGGUCCUUAUUUUUGUGAUGAGUUUGGAGAGCACUAUGGUGUUGAACACUGAGCUGUAGUUAAUGAACAGCAUUCUCACGUACAGUUGAAGUCGGAAGUUUACAUACACUUAGGUUGGAGUCAUUACAACUCGUUUUUUCAACCACUCCACAAAUUUCUUGUUAACAAAUUAUAGUUUUGGCAAGUCGGUUAGGACAUCUACUUUGUGCAUGACACAAGUAAUUUUUCCAACAAUUGUUUACAGACAGAUUAUUUCACUUAUAAUUCACUGUAUUACAAUUCCAGUGGGUCAGAAGUUUACAUACACUAAGUUGACUGUGCCUUUAAACAGCUUGGAAAAUUCCAGAAAAUGAUUCCAUGGCUUUAGAAGCUUCUGAUAGGCUAAUUGACAUCAUUUGAGUCAAUUGUAGGUGUACCUGUGGAUGUAUUUCAAGGCCUACCUUCAAACUCAGUGCCUCUUUGCUUGACAUCAUGGGAAAAUCUAAAGAAAUCAGCCAAGACCUCAGAAAAAAAAUUGUCUGGUUCAUCCUUGGGAGCAAUUUCCGAACGCCUGAAGGUACCAUGUUCAUCUGUACAAACAAUAGUAUGCAAGUAUAAACACCAUGGGACCACGCAGCCGUCAUACCGCUCAGGAAGGAGACGCGUUCUGUCUCCUAGAGAUGAACGUACUUUGGUGCGAAAAGUGCAAAUCAAUCCCAGAACAAUAGCAAAGGACCUUGUGAAGAUGCUGGAGGAAACAGGUACAAAAGUAUCUAUAUCCACAGUAAAACAAGUCCUAUAUCGACAUAACCUGAAAGGCCGCUCAGCAAGGAAGAAGCCACUGCUCCAAAACCGCCAUUAAAAAGCCAGACUAUGGUUUGCAACUGCACAUGGGGACAAAGAUCGUACUUUUUGUAGAAAUGUCCUCUGGCCUCAUGAAACAUAAAUAGAACCGUUUGGUCAUAAUGACCAUCGUUAUGUUUGGAGGAAAAAGGGUGUGCUUGCAAGCCGAAGAACACCAUCCCAACCGUGAAGCACGGGGGUUGCAGCAUCAUGCUGUAGGAAAGACUGGUGCACUUCACAAAAUAGAUGGCAUCAUGAGGAAGGGAAAUUAUGUGGAUAUAUUGAAGCAACAUCUCAAGACAUCAGUCAGGAAGCUAAAUCUUGGUCGCAAAUGGGUCUUCCAAAUGGACAAGCAUACUUCCAAAGUUGUGGCAAAAUAGCUUAAGGAUGACAAAGUCAAGGUAUUGGAGUGGCCAUCACAAAGCCCUGACUUCAAUCCUAUAGAAAAUGUGUGGGCAGAACUGAAAAAGUGUGAGCGAGCAAGGAGGCCUACAAACCUGACUCAUUUACACCAGCUCUGUCAGGAGGAAUAGGCCAAAAUUCACCCAACUUAUUGUGGGAAGCUUGUGGAAGGCUAUCCGAAAUGUUUGACCCAAGUUAAACAAUUUAAAGGCAAUGCUACCAAAUACUAAUUGAGUGUAUGUAAACUUCUGACCCACUGGGAAUGUGAUGAAAGAAAUAAAAGCUGAAAUAAAUCAUUUUCUCUACUAUUAUUCUGACAUUUCACAUUCUUAAAAUAAAGUGGUGAUCCUAACUGACCUAAGACAGGGAAUUUUUAUUAGGAUUAAAUGUCAGGAAUUGUGAAAAACUGAGUUUUAAAUGUUUUUGGCUAAGGUGUAUGUACAUUUCCGACUUCAACUGUAGGCCUUCCUUUUGUCCAAGUGGGAGAGGGCAAUGUUAAGUGCAAUAGAGAUGGCGUCAUCUGUGGAUCUGUUGGGGCGGAAUGUGAAUUGGAGUGGAUCCAGAGUGUCUGGAAUGAUGGUGUUGAUGUGAGCCAUGACCAGCCUUUCAAAGCAUUUCAUGGCUACAGAUGCGAUAGUCAUUAAGACAAGUUACCUUAGCGUUCUUGGGCACAGAGACUAUGGUGGUCUGCUUGAAACAUGUGGGUAUUACAGACUGGGUCAGGGAGAGGUUGAAAAUGUAAGUGAAGACACUUGCUCGCUGGUCAGCGCAUGCUCUGAGUACGCGUCCUGGUAAUCCAUCUGGCCCUGCGGCCUUGUGAAUGUUAACUUGUUUUAAGGUCUUACUCACAUUAGCUACAGAGAGCAUGAUCACAAAGUCGUCCGGAACAGCUGGUGCUCUCAUGUAUGGUUCAGUGUUGCUUGCCUCGAAGAGAGCAUAGAAGGCAUUUAGCUCAUCUGGUAGGCUCGCGUCACUGGGCAGCUCGCGGCUGGGUUUCCUUUUGUAAUCCAUGAUAGUUUGCAAGCCCCAUCCGACAAGUGUCAGAGCCAGUGUAGUAGGAUUCGAUCGCAGUCCUGUAUUUACACUUUGCCUGUGUGAUGGUUCGUUGGAGGGCGUAGCAGCAUUUCUUAUAACUGUCUGGAUUUGUGUCCCGCUCCUUAAAAAGCAGCAGCUCUAGCCUUUAGCUCAGUGUGGAUGUUGCCUGUAAUCCAUGGCUUCUGGUUAGGAUAUGUACGUACAUACGGUCACUGUGGGGAGUACGUCAUUGAUGCACUUAUUAAUGAAGCCGGUGACUGAUGUGGUAAACUCCUCAAUGCCAUUGGAUGAAUCCCAGGAACAUAUUCCAAUCUGUGCUAGCGAAACAGUCUUGUAGUUUAAGGUUAGAGAUGAUACAUGUUUAAAGCCCAGGGUAAAAAGGAAAACUUCCACUUACUGACAUAAUGGAGGCCAUUAGGUUUUCCACAGGGCUCCGUUUUAGACACUCUUAUUUACAUGAAAAAUAUUAGGCAAAACAUUCUCAUGAUCUCUCUUGAAAUGUUUUCUGCGUGACUGAGUGUAACUUCUCUGUCGUUAACUCAGAGGAGAUAGCUGACCUGACUGACCAGCUCUCGGAUGGAGGGAAGAGCGUCCACGAGCUGCAGAAGACGAAGAAGAAGAUAGAGAUGGAGAAGGAGGAGCUGCAGGCCUCACUGGAAGAGUCUGAAGCUGCCUUAGAGGUAUGGAGGUUACAGUAGGAGGUGGUCAUAUUGGGUGGAAUGGUUACAGUAAAAUAAGUCUACACCAAGCAUUCCACAACUAUUACGUAAUAUGUAUUUGAAUUUGUUAUCUUACAUCAACACCACAUUCAAUAUUAUUUGAUCUCUGUUUACGUUUGAGUUAAAUUCUCCUCAGCGUACGUCAUACAUAAUGUAAGACUGUGAGGUGUGGAUGUGAAACAUUGUGGCAGCUCUUUGGCAGAUCUGACAGUGAAAGGGGAGAAAAGGCCCCAGACGACAUGUUUCAAUUAGUAUUGGCCAGUCAGGCAGGCAGGGAGCAGACAGAUCCCAGCCACUGAUAACACUACACAAUCAGCUAUCUGCUCCUAUAAUCAGCCUGGCCCUCCAGGGAUUGGAGUCUUACAAGACAGGAGCCCCCUGGCUGCUCGGCAUAGAUGGUUUAUUCACCCACCUCUCUCUCCUUUUCUUUCCCUCUCUCUCCCACCCCCUCUUUUGCUCUCCUUUCCCCCCCUCCCCCCUCCCCCUCUCCAGGCUGAGGAGACCAAGGUGCUGCGUCUGCAUCUGGAACUGUCCCAGGCUAAAGGAGACAUGGAGAGGAGACUCCAGGAGAAAGAGGAGGAGUUUGAGGCAGCAAGGUACCCACUGUCCAUGUAUUUUUUUUAAAAGUUGUUUGUCUUUCUUUUCAACUGAAAGUGAAAUGACGUGUUCAUAUGCUAUAUAGCAGGGCCCCGACAUCCAGGGGGCCCGCAAACCAAUACUCCCCCCCCCCGGAGAUCGGGGGCACAUGCCCUGCGUACCCGUUUGGUAAUCCAACCCUGCUUUUUCAGUUGCUUGCUCUAUUGAUAACCCCAUUCUCUCUGUCUCUCGCUCCCCCUUCCAGGAAGAGCCACCAGAGGGCGCUGGACUCCCUUCAGGCCAGUCUGGAUGUGGAGGUCAAAGGUCGUGGUGAGGGGUUGAGGGUGAAGAAGAAGCUGGAGUCUGACCUAAAUGAGCUGGAACUACAGGUGGACCUGCUCACCAAGAACAACACAGAGCUCACCAAGAACACAAAGAAGAUGCAGCAGCAGAUCAAGGUGAGAUUCUACACCUCUCUCUCUCUCUCCGAGAGAGAGAGAAGAGAGAGAGAGAGGAGAGAGGAGCAGAGAGAGAGAGCGAGAGAAGAGAGAAGGAGAGAGCGAGAGCAGCGGUCUAUCUCUAGCGAGAGUGCUCUUCGAUAUCUCCCGCUCCUUAUAGAUCCCUCUCUCUCUCUCUCUCUCUCUCUCUCUAUCUCUCCUCUAUCGUCUCCUCUCUCUCGCUCUCUCUCUACUCUCCUCUCUCUCUCUCGUCUCUCUCUCUCCUCAUCUUUUUACUCUCCGCCUCCUCCUCCUCCUCCUUAGUUUUUCCUCAUUCCCUCUAUUCCCUUACUCCUUCCUUUACCCAGUCUCCUCUGCUUGCCCCACUCUUUCUUCAGUGUUUCUCUCGCUUUCUCUACCUCCUUUUCUCUCCUCUUUCCACCCUCUGAGAGGAGCUGCAUACAGAAUGUGAUUGCUUGAUUAGUGGAUUGACCUCUUCUCUCCUUUUCUUUCUUAGGAACUGCAGGACCAAUUGGAGGAGGAGGUGCGUGGGCAGGAGGAGCAGAGGGAGGAGCAGACUGUUUUGGAGCGACGCUGCCUCCUGCUAGUGAGCGAGGGAGAGGAGACACGCGGGGCAUUGGAAAACGCUGAGAGACAACGCAAAACCUUAGAGAUUGAGCUUACAGAGACCAACGAGAAGUACAACGACCUCAACAACCAGGUAGAGUACAGAUCGCAACACUCUCUGUUCAGCGUUUACAUCAAUAAUACAUCAAAUUAAACUGGUUUAGUUACAUUACUAAACUCCCUUAUGAACAUUAGGUUUAAAGCUCUCAGUUUCUUACUGAACAAACAAGGAAAAACAGAACUUCAACCUAUAAAUGGAUCUCCAAUGCUAAAUUUGAUGUGUUCUACCUCAUGUUGUCAUGUUCAUGGUGGUUCUAUUUCCUCCUGUAGUUCCAGUCAGCGCUGAGUGGUAGGAGGAAACUGGAUGUGGAUCUACAGGCACUGCAGCAGGAGCAUGAGGAGCUGCAGAACGAACUGAGAGGAGCCAACGACAAGAUCAAGAAGGCCAACUGUGAGGUAGGACAAUACUGGAUUUUUGAUCAUUAGGAUAAUUGAUUUUAAUUGACUUGUCAAUAGAACAUAAUUUAUAUAUUUUUUAAAAUAAAAAUGUAUUUCUCCAAGUAUCAACACAAUACAAAUGUACUGUAUGUAUGCCUGUCUUUGAGAACCAGUGGAAUAGAUAUUGAUGUCUCUCUGUCCCCUCUCUCCAGGGAGCACGUGUGUCAGAGGAGUUGAGGUUAGAGCAGGACCACACCCUGCACAUGGAGCGGGUGAAGAAGGGUCUGGAGGCCCAGAUAAAGGACAUGGGCACCAGGCUGGAUGAGGCUGAGCAGAUGGCCCUCAAAGGAGGCAAGAAGAUCAUCCAGAAACUGGAGGGCAAGGUAAGCACACACACAAAACUCACAUAUGCACAAACACUGUUCCUAAACUUUGAAAUGGCUGUUUCUGUCACAUUGCCCAGUUUUUCAGGUUUACAGAGAAAGAUGGGCAUCAAAAUGUAUAUUUUUCUAGACUGACCAUGUGUCUGUCUCUAGGUGAAGGAGCUGGAGUUGGAGCUGGACUCGGAGCUGAAGCGUCACGCUGAGACAGUGAAGACGCUGCGUAAGAACGAGCGUCGUCUGAAGGAGCUGCUGUUCCAGUCCGAGGAGGACCAGAAGAACCAACACCGCAUGCAGGAACUGGUGGAGAGACUCCAGAACAAGAUGAAGGCCUACAAGAGACAAGUAGAGGAGACGGUAAGGCUCUUGUCUGUCUGUCUGUUUGCCUGUCUGUCCAUCUGUCCAUCCAUCUGUUUCUCUCGCUCUCUCUCCCUCUUCCCCUCCUCUCGCUUUCUCUCUGUCAGUCUAUCUCUGUUUCUCUCAUUCCGUUCUCUAGACUCCAUAUUUUGCUUUACAACAUGACUUGCACCUUUCCUAAAAGGAGGAGCAGGCCAACAUGAACCUCGCUAAGUACAGGAAGACAGUACAUGAGCUGGACGAUGCUGAGGAAAGGGCAGACAUCGCUGAGUCAGCCCUCACCAAGAUCAGGACCAAGAACCGCGGCAGCUUCAGCAAGGGAUACUCCUCUGUAAGUCCCAUAACCUUACCACAUGAACUUGAAUUCAGGAUAGUCAAAUCAUCAUUAAUGUUGUCUGUACUGAAUCUGUGGGUCACAUCUGUGCUUUAAAUUUAAAGAUCAAAAGAUAAAUUCUAUGUAUUGGGUUGAGUUGUUGUUAGUCAAGUAAGUAAUCAUAACGUUGAUCUGAUGUUUUGUCCUCUUGCGUGUUUCCAGGGUUACAGCACGCCGUACCCUGGGGGGAUCGUGAGGUCACCCAGUUCCGUGGGGUCAGAGGGUAGAUGUGAGAAGAUCAUCAACGACGACAAUGACUCGGUCAGUUCCCUCAUCCCAGCCUAUCUCAACUCCCUGAAGAAACUCAUGAUAGACUAGCACCUAGGGAAGGAGUCAGUUGGAUGUACCAAACAUUCCAGUGGGAGCAAAGAAACAUGUACUGUCUUACAGAAUUAUGAUCUUAAUUUGAGUCAGUUUGCUACAGCAGGAAAAU